CACAAUGGUACGUCUGGUCAACCGUACUUCCCUUCAGCCCACCUUUUAGCGCAUAUACUUUUUUCAUUAAAUACAAUUUUCAGCUCGAGUUACCUCUAAGUUGUGCAACUUAAAAUUAUAUUCCUUUUUUCGCCUGUCUAGAAGAUCAAACACUGACCCAGAAACCCCCGUGGCUGUUAAUCACCACCGCCUGAUGGAAUAAACAAAGAAAUGAUCGACUCCCAUUGUUUGUAUCGACCACGCGUACUCAAGGUCCCUGAAAACUCAACCCGCACACUCUUUGAAGCUAUAAACCUAAAACUUCACAUGUUCCUAAAUAAGCCCGAAAGCAUAUGAUGGUUGAUCCGAUGACAAUGUACUAAAAAAAAACACCGAAAAGCAUAACUGUAAAUAGCUUAAAGCCGCCAAGGAUCAUGGGGGUUGCAGUCGAUUCAUUGGCUCGGCCGCUCGCGUGUGCCUGGCCUUUCUAAUCCAACUUCCUUUUUCUCCUCUAGUAGCCGCUCUCUCAUAACGACUUGCUCUAUGCUGAAAUGAUCGACAGUUCACUCCUGCAGCAGCCCGUUGUCAGCUUAGAUGGGCAACGUUGCUUCAAUAAGGGGGUACUUUACGUACAUAUUUCAACAUAGACGAGCGACACGCGUGUCCGACUCCUCGAGUCGUGGCUUGUUAAUUCUUUCUUUUUCAACUCUGUGAAAUUUGUAUAGUUAGGGAAUUAUCGGUAUUCGAGAUGACGAGAUUAUCCAAUAUUGUCGCGGGGGCAGCACUCGCCCAUGUCGCGUCUUCUCUAAGCCUCAACAUAAAAGAUCAGGCCUCUGUCAAGGAAAACGCAGCCCAGGUCGCAAAGGGUCUUUACGUAUAUUAUGAUCCUAGCUCGACGGCAGGUCAGUUUAAACAACCGGAACCUUGGUUUUGGUGGUUGUCGGGCUCGGCUUGGAACGGCUUGAUGGACUAUACUGUAUACACGGGCGACACAACCUACCAAGCCGAUAUCCUGUCCGCACUGGCAAAGAACGUGGGCCCGAAUUACGAUUUCGCUCCGACCGAACAGGAGUCGUGGGAGGCGAACGACGAUCAGGUGUACUGGGUGUACAACGCUCUUACGGCACUGGAGUAUAACUUCCCAGCACUGCCAUGCGAGAAGUCUAAGACCGAAGCAGGCGAGGAUUGCGCCAACUCUUGGCUCGCAAUCGGCACGAACGCCUUUAAUGACUUUGUGGCGCGAUGGAACAAAGAUAGCGCGACUUGUGGAGGUGGUCUCAAAUGGCAGUUCGUCGAGACAGCCAACGGCUACUAUUACAAAAACUCCGUGUCCAAUGGUGGUUUCUUCCAGACUGCCGCUCGACUUGCGCGGUACACCGGAAACCAGACAUUUGGCGAUUGGGCGACCAAGGUUUGGGAUUGGUCUACCAGCGUCGGCUUUGUCAGUCCCGAUUUCCACGUCUUCGAUGGCGCGGGCGACGAUAAGGAUGCGAACUGCACUGCGAUCAACAAGGAUGAGUGGAGCUAUAAUAUAGCCUCUUAUAUCCAUGGCGCCGCCCACAUGUACGCCUUCACCAACAGUUCGACGUGGGAAUCAAGAGUGCAGGGUCUGGUCCGCACCGCGCAGAGUACCUUCUUUAGCCCUACAUCCAACGCUACUGGCGUCAUGUACGAGCAGAAAUGCGAACUGGACUCGGCGUGUAACAUCGACCAGACUAGCUUCAAGGCCAGCCUGGCACGCUGGCUUGGAAAGACGGCAGUAUUGGUUCCUAGCUUGAAAUCCGAUAUUGACGCAUUGCUCGAGGCUACUGCUCAAGGUGCUGCUUCUAGCUGCACCGGCUACGGCAAUGCUACCUGCGGUGUGCAAUGGUACACUGGUGAGUUCGACGGCCAGUCGGACUUGGGUGUCGAGCUAAGUGCUCUUGAAGCCGUACAGAGCCUUCUCGCGGCGAGCGCUCCGAAGUUUGCAGUUCGAUCUUAGUGACGUGUCGUAUACGUACCUAAGGUAGUCUUUGCAGGAUAAGGAUCUUCUUGUAUAUAGUCAUUCGGCUUAUGUAUGACAUUAGUAGUAUAAGCACGACAUUGGAUGUCAUUGUAUAUAGAUAUCAUCCUGCGUAGCGGGAUGUGUACCUGUUUAUUUAUCGCAGUUAUAUAUACCUGACAUGGAGAAUAUAGCCCUUCUCUGGUAUAGAAUUGAAAAGUCGUUGGAGCCUUGACCUUGGCAAUUAUCUUGUGAGAUUACC